AUGAGUCCGCGCAGUGUAUCGGACGAGAUGGAAACGGCGCAUGACCGGUCAUGUGUAGCCAAAGACUCAGUUCCCUCUGUCGCCAGUGCUCAUUCCAGAUCGCUUUCCUCAACCAAGCCUGGUCCCUCGAUUCCAACAAGUCUCCUGCCUUCGGCGCCUGAAUCACCCCCCACUCCAGCUCCGAGUCCGACCCCCCAUCGACGAUCCCUGAGUUGGCAGACAGCCGAAGAGGAGGAGGAAGAAGUCUUGCUGAACACUCGGAUACACUUCACCAGUCUUACCAAUGCCAAAAAGCGGAAGUUUCUGGAAGGAGUUCUUGGGCUAUGUGAUCCUAUGACACUUAGCUUCGUUUGGAGUAUGAUAAAUCCUCGGUUAAGGAAAGACCCCUUUAAUGUCUUUCCCAACGAAUUAUGUCUGCGGGUUCUGUCGUUUAUCGAUGAUCCGAAGUCACUAGCAAGAGCAUCACAAGUUUCCAAACGAUGGCGCGAACUCUUGAACGAUGACAUCACCUGGAAGAACCUGUGCGCGAAGCAUCCUUAUGCCUCUCAGAGGCCUACGGAUGACGAUCGAGAAUACCUAGACCCCUUCAACGGGCAGUCUCUGCAUGCUGUAUCCAGUACUCAUUCUCUGAGCGGGUUGCAGAGGAAGUCAACAGCGUCUAGUCCCCAUUCUCGAGACAGCUUUCCGCCGCUCCCACGCUCCUUGUCUGGAGACUGGCUCUCCUCGUCGAGCUACUCCUCGCGGAAACGGCGAGUUCGACCCAUGACCUACAGGUCGCAUUUCAAACAGAAAUACCAGGUGCAAUCAGCGUGGAAUAGAGGCGGGCGCUGCACGCAAAGACAUAUGAGCCCGGACCAGGGAGUUGUCACGAGUCUUCAUUUAACGCCAAAGUAUAUCGUGGUUGCGCUUGAUAAUGCCAAAAUCCAUGUGUACGACACCAACGGAGACAACCAGAAAACACUUCAAGGUCACGUCAUGGGUGUCUGGGCGAUGGUUCCAUGGGAUGACAUUCUUGUGAGCGGUGGCUGCGAUCGAGAAGUCCGGGUGUGGAAUAUGGCCACAGGGGCUGGAAUAUACCUCUUACGUGGACACACAUCCACAGUGCGCUGUUUGAAGAUGUCUGACAAGAACACGGCUAUCUCCGGCUCACGAGACACGACGCUGCGCAUCUGGGAUCUGACCACAGGCACAUGCAAGAAUGUAUUGAUCGGACAUCAAGCAAGUGUUCGCUGCCUGGCCAUACAUGGCGAUAUCGUUGUUUCCGGCAGCUACGAUACUACCGCACGGAUUUGGAGCAUUUCUGAGGGUCGGUGCCUGAGGACUUUAUCCGGCCAUUUCAGCCAGAUUUAUGCGGUCGCCUAUGAUGGCAAACGCAUUGCAACGGGUAGCUUGGACACCACCGUACGCAUGUGGGACCCUCAAACCGGUCAAUGCAAUGGCAUUCUGCAGGGUCAUACCUCUCUAGUAGGACAAUUACAGAUGCGUGGUGAUAUUCUGGUUACCGGCGGCUCCGAUGGCGCGAUACGGAUCUGGUCGCUGAUCACGAAUACACCCAUUCAUCGAGUGGCAGCGCAUGACAACAGUGUUACCAGCCUGCAAUUUGACAGCUCCCGUAUUGUCACCGGUGGCAGUGAUGGCCGCGUGAAAAUUUGGAGUCUGGAGACUGCUCAACUACUGCGAGAAUUGUCCACCCCAGCCGAGGCUGUCUGGAGAGUUGCCUUUGAGGCGGAGAAGGCCGUUAUCAUGGCUAAUAGGUCAGGGCGAACGGUUAUGGAGGUGUGGGACUUCUCAGCGCCACCUGAAGAUAGCGAGGAUGAAGCCGCGAUUGAGAGUACUGCCAGCACACCGGGGCCCUUGCCGACCCCUGUCGAUAGCCGCCACCGGGAACGCUUUUCGGAUCCUACAAUGUCGACAAAUAAUGACAACGAUCAGUCAAUGGCGGAUGCCCCCUUGUCUUGA